AUGGUGUUGCUCACGAUGAUCGCCCGAGUGGCGGACGGGCUCCCUUUGGCCGCCUCGAUGCAGGAGGACGAACAGUCUGGCCGGGACCUUCAACAGUACCAGAGUCAGGCUAAGCAGCUCUUUCGAAAGUUGAAUGAACAGUCCCCUACCAGAUGCACCUUGGAAGCUGGUGCCAUGACUUUUCAUUACAUUAUUGAACAGGGAGUAUGUUAUUUGGUUCUGUGUGAAGCUGCCUUCCCUAAGAAGCUGGCUUUUGCCUACCUAGAAGAUUUACACUCAGAAUUUGAUGAACAGCAUGGAAAGAAGGUGCCGACUGUGUCUAGACCCUACUCCUUUAUUGAGUUUGAUACCUACAUUCAGAAAACCAAGAAGCUUUACAUUGACAGUCGUGCUCGGAGAAACUUAGGCUCCAUCAACACUGAACUGCAAGAUGUGCAGAGAAUCAUGGUCGCAAAUAUUGAAGAAGUGUUACAACGGGGAGAAGCACUCUCAGCAUUGGAUUCGAAGGCUAACAAUUUGUCCAGUCUGUCCAAGAAAUACCGCCAGGAUGCGAAGUACUUGAACAUGCGUUCCACUUACGCCAAACUUGCAGCAGUAGCUGUAUUUUUCAUCAUGUUAAUAGUGUAUGUGCGCUUCUGGUGGCUGUGA